AUGAUCAACGGUGAGGCCGAAACCCUCCUCUCCUCCUCCCUCGCUUCUCCUCCCAUGGCAGCUACGGCGAUGGAGCACGACGGCGGCGGCGAGGUCGUCACCCCUGGGGAGCUCCUCGGCAACUCCUCGUCCCUCCUAGCGGGGCGCGGCGCCUACGCCGAAGGCCGCUCCGUGCGCGGGUCGGUCACCGGCCAUCGCCGCCUCGUGCCGCCGCCUCCCGGCUCCACCGACCAGAGGUUCACUGUGGAGGUGGUCGGGCACAAGGCCCAUGGAGCUGUGCCGCAGCCCGGAAGCGUCGUCAUUGCCCGUGUGACAAAAGUUAUGGCUAGGAUGGCCUCUGCAGAUAUAAUGUGUGUUGACUCAAAGGCUGUCAAAGAAAAGUUCACUGGCACGAUAAGGCAACAAGAUGUCCGUGCAACUGAAAUCGACAAGGUAGAUAUGUAUCAGUCAUACCGACCUGGUGAUAUUGUCAAAGCCCUGGUUCUUUCUCUUGGUGAUGCAAGGGCAUAUUACCUUUCCACUGCCAAGAAUGAACUUGGAGUUGUUUCUGCACAGAGUAUAACUGGUGGUACACUGGUUCCAAUCAGUUGGACUGAGAUGCAAUGCGAAUUGACAGGCCAAAUAGAACAAAGGAAAGUUGCAAAAGUGGAAUAGAUUUGUUAACUUUGCUAAAUAGAAAAAGGUUCAGGAUGGUCUACAAUGUGUCGAUCAACGCUGAUGAUUCCUCACGCGUGUAUGAAAAGUCGCGAAGCUUAAGCUCACGUGGCCGAAUCGCCGAUGCAUUUAGAAUUCUGGUUAGAGAUGAUUUCAUUAGGAUUCUUAAUGAUGCAAGCGAUACAACUGAAGGUUUUGUAGUGCAUUUGUUUGGACCU